UGUCAUGUUGGCAUUCGUGCGUGUGAGUAAUGGCGGUAUGUAUUGGCUUGUGAUGCGCGGCAGUUUAUUUUGAUAGAGUGCAUUAUAGUAAUAUAGUAAAUAAUUUUGAAAUUUGUGACAAGAAGAAUAAAAAUGUCAAGUAAGUUUAACAUCGGGGAUUUGGUGUGGGCCAAAAUGAAGAGAUUUCCAUCGUGGCCUGGCCGAGUUUCAAAUAUUCCCCCUAAAUUGAAGAAACCUAAAAACAGUGCUGGGCUUCAUUGCAUUUAUUUUUUUGGUUCAAAUAACUAUGGUUGGAUCGAAGAAACUUUUCUAAUACCGUAUUUAGAAGGUAAAGAAAAAUUGAUUUGUAAAACAGCUGCGUUCAAAGAAGCUAUCAAACAAAUCGAUGCUUAUAUUGACGACCCCAAAAAGUACGAAGCUGUAUUCGAGAAUAACGAAGAUGAAGCAGAUUUUAAAUUCAAUGAAUUAAAAGAAAACGAAGAUAAACCAGAAAAAGUGAAGCCUUUGAAAAAAACUCCUGGACGAAAACGUUUAAACUCUACAAUUCCUUCUGAUACCCCCCCUAAAGCUUUAAAACCUACUAUUACUACAACUACUGUGGAUUUUGAUAAUGAUGAUUCAGUGGGUACCGAGCCUGAAAGUUCUUCAUACAUUUCAAACCAUUCAGUUUCCAGUCGACAGAUCUCUAGCUUAUGGAACAAACCACAGGUAAAUAGGCCAUUGACUCCACCUAUUAAUUUGAAAAAUAUAUCUCCUAUUCUCGCUGGAAAAAAUGUCUCACCCACUAAUAAAGUAAUUGGAUUUCUUGGCCUUGGUAUCAUGGGGCGUGCAAUGGUAAAAAACUUAAUCCACUCAGGACAUAAAGUCGUUGUGUGGAAUAGAACAAGGGCAAAGUGCAACGAUUUUUUAGAAACUGGAGCUAAAAUGGGUCUUGCCCCUUGUGAAGUUGUAGAUGCGGCAGAUAUAAUAUUUUCAUGUGUCCCCGAUCCUCUAGCAGCAAGAGAAAUGAUUUUUGGAAAUUGUGGAGUGCUACAAACAAUGACUAUUGGAAAAGGCUAUGUGGAAAUGACGGGAAUCGACUCGGAGUGUUCGCAUGACAUUGCUGAUGCCAUUGUGGAGAAAGGAGGAAGAUAUUUAGAGGCACAAAUACAAGGUUCUAGAAUGCAAGCGGAGGAAGGAUCUCUUAUAAUACUUGCUGCAGGAGAUAAAGAUCUUUUCCAAGAUUGUAAUUCUUGUUUUAAUGCCAUUGGAAAUAACUGUUUGUUCCUAGGAGCAGUGGGUACUGCAACUAAAAUGAAUUUAGUUCUACAAACAAUAAAUGCAAUAUCAGUAGCGGGAUUAGUAGAAGCAAUGGCAUUGGCAGACCGUACUGGCCUUCAAAAAAAGGAUGUUUUAGAAAUUCUUGAACUGACAACCAUUGCCAGCCCGGCAAUGAUAGAGAAGAGUAAUUCAAUUAUUAUGGGGGAUUACAGCACUCACACCAGGCUCACACAUUUACAAAAAGAUUUGCGUCUAGCUUUGGGUAUGGCCGAGGACCUAACCUUACCCAUGCCUGUCACAGCGACUGCUAAUGAAGUGUUGAAACAUGCAAAACGCUUGGGGUUUGGGGAAGAUGAUGUAUCAGCCUUGUAUUUCAGAGCACGUUUUUAAAUAUAAAUUUAUAUAUGGUUUUAUAAUAUAUAAAAUUUUAGACUAAUUUAUAUAUUUCCACAACAGAAGCAUAUAAUUUAGAAAUUUAUUUGUUUAUAAUUAUUGACUAAGCUAAAAUUUUGUACUUUUGGAAAAUUAUUUCUAUUAGGAGAAUGUAGUUAAGUUCACGUGUUGGAUAAUUUGUGUUUUAAAUGUUUUACAUGUAGGUGCAAUGACAUGUAUUGAAGAAUAGUAAUUUAAAUUUCUGUACAUAAUUUUACAAUAAAGUAAAUGUUUAGUUAUUGCAUAGAUUGCAUAUGUUGCAUACUAUAUUGAAGUGGUACUACAUUUUAUUUUAGUUUACAAAAAUUUUAACGUUAU